GUGCUCCAUAUCAUAAGGUGAAAACGAAGCUUCUAGAAGAUCUCGCUCCUUUUUAUGCGGAAAAGAUAAAGCUUGAUAUCGUUUCUCGCUUAUUUUGGUUGCAAUAAGCAAUUCCUUUCAAAGCCAGGACUUAAAUGAAUUUCGGAAAAAUUCUGGGAAAAUUCGUGUGAACACCUUAUCAGUUCUGCCGAUAUUAUUAAGACUUAUUACGAGUUGCAGCAAAUCUGAGUUUUUUUUUUUCGAUGAAAUUUGAAUUUGCUCUGCUGCUGUUAUUAAGCAGUAUCACAGGUACACUGCAGAUAUGCGAUUAUAUAACAUUGGUGAAGUGUUUCAUAAAUAUCUUGGAUGAAUGGGCAUGGACAUUAUAUGAAUUGAAAGAUAAUGUUGUUACAAUCAACGAAAAUCAGUGUGAGCAUCUAAAGCAGCUCGAUUUAUGUAUCAAAGAUGCUGGACCAGUUAAGCAUGAAUGCGAACAUAAUGAAAUUGUUGCUGCUUCAAACACAGAAGGACAGGAAAUACUAAGGGAACAUCGUGAAUGUUUGGCGGAAGAACGAAUUGGUGAAAUGACACUCAGCGCUGGAACUUACUUGUCCGAAAAGUUUCUGGAACAUCCCGAUGAUCAGGUUUGCCAAGAAGUAAACAAUAAAUUGCAAGAAUAUAUCAAUGCAAUGAAGGGAAUUUGUCGAUCAGAAAGUGCACAAGUAAUCAUGUGUAAAAGCUUGAGAAAUAUGUUCAAGGGUUUGCAUGCAGAUAAGUUACAUUCUUGCGAUUUUGAUUGCAAUAUUCCACAGCUUGACGAAGUAGCUGAGCCAGGACUGUCUUCAGUGGUAGAUCAUGAGGGUGCAGCUAGUGGAACAGCCGGACAAGAUAGCCUGGUUCCUGAAGCAGUCAAUGAACAUGCUGUUGCUGCAGAUGGUACUGCACCGGAAAGUCAUUCGUUGAAUUCUUCCUCUUCUUCGUCGAUAUGCCUCAUUCACUCCAUUUUAUUUUUGCUCACGUCCAUUAUUUUCUCAUAGAAUCAGUUUGUUUAGGAAAUUAGCAGAACCCUCAAGCUUAUUUGGUACCAUAGGUGCCGCAACUCUUGUUCAGCUAAUGUAUCACUUGUUCAGCUGUUUAAGCUUAUAUUUUAC